GUCGCGGGCACGUUUCGGCGGAUGCUCUUUGCCGGCGGCGGCUUUGGCGGCGGUUUCGGCGGCGGCGAGGGCGGCGGGGCGCCGGCGGUGCAGCGUCGGCCGGCGACCCUCCGCGAGUCGGAGGUCAAGGCGAAGCUGGCCCGCUUCCUCGCCGGCAUGCGCGCCCUUGAGCGCCAGCGGGCCGCGAGCGCGCAGCCGCCGCUGCCGCCAAUCAUGAACCAGUUCAUCGUAUGGGCGGGCGACUUGCUUGCGGGCGGCGGCCGUGGCGAGGGAGUCCAGGACGCGGCCGGCGUCGAGGCGGCGGCGCGGCGGUACGUGGGCGGCGCCGCCGGUGCGUCGGGCACCGCGUCGGCGUGGGCGAGCGCCAGCGUUGACGACAGCGACGGCGACGAGGAUGACUGCUGCAUCUGCCAGGAGGGCCUGUCCGACUCCAAGGCGAACGACGAGUACGGAGAGCCGCUCGAGACUGGCUGCGGCCACCGCUUUCACGUGGUGUGCCUCGCACGCCACCUAGAGGCGUCGACCAGCAGCGGGCAAGAGCCCGUCUGCCCGAUGUGCCGAUCCAGCAGCUUGUCGGUUUCCUUUCGGCCACUCACUCGGCCGGUGGGAUGAGCGCAUACAUGAGGCGCGGGCGGGGGAAAAGGGAGGCACUUGUGUCGUUCACUGUACCUUAUCUCCUCACAGAUC